CAGUUUAAAUUCUUUGAAAUUAAGGUGACCUUAAAAUGUAAUAAAAUCUCUACCGGCUUUUUGCCUGAUUCAUUCACCUGAGUUUGGAAUUUAGGCAUCAGAAAUAUAUACAAUUUUCACAACCAUGCCGCCUUGUGGACAAUGUAAAAUUGGCUACGCAGAAUUUCCAGUUUAUAAAAAUCAGUACUUCAUGGAAAAGGACGAGACGCCACCUAAGUCAUGCAAACCAAAACAUGUUUUCGUCAAGCCGAAAGGAGUAUGGAAGCCGCCAACCAUUUAUCAACGAUCGUACCUGCCGACAAAGGCUAAAGUGGAAAUUGUAGGACCACCGGUUUCCAAAUGGCUCCAUCCGACCGAUCGAAUGGAUGGAUUGACCAUGUACCAAACAGAGUUCGGCCGCAAGGUAUACCAAAAACCGCACUGGCGCCGUUUCAAACCUUCCGCUCCAAAAACUCCACAUAUGGAUAGAAUAUCAGAGUAUACCGAUAAUUUUCAACCGUUGACUGCUGAAGAACAAUUCAACGCACGCCCGAAAGGGCUGGUGCCGAUGAAACGUUUAGCAGCCCGUAAUGCGGCCCUAAUGAAGUCCAAUAUCAAGCCACCAAUCAAUUUCGAAACCAUGUACGUUUCGGCGUACAAACCUCCAACAAAGGAACAUCAUGAAACCAGUCCCUUUCCAAAAUUUAGGUCGAAAAGGUAACAUUUAUAUCUACUGUAGUGGGAAAAAAAUUUGUGUUCAUUGUGCUUACGAUUUCAGCGUGUUCCUGUGCUCUCAGUUUUUUAUCUGUAUUGUAGCUAAAACAAAACAAAUGCAGGUUGUAAUGUUACUUAAAAUCUUGAAUUAUGUUUAGCUUUUUAUUAUACGCGUGAAAUUGUGUAAAUGUGAAAGGUUAUCGGGACGAUAUAGUAUUUGUUUGUGGGAAGGCGAAUUAGAUGCGUACGUAAAUAAAUGUUUUAGAUUACAGGACAUUGGUUUAUGCACUGCGUUGGUUUUCAAACCGGUUUA